ACACAAUGCACUUCUUCUGUCAAGGUAAUGAGUUUUCUGAACGUUUUUCGCUCUCACAAAGCAGCUGUUUAACCGCGGCGGGAAUGCUUAUAAAACUGACGGAACACUAAUUAUCUUCCGGGGGGAGAAGUGUCGGCGGUUUUAUGGACGAAGUUUGUCCCUCUUGUUAUCUGCACGAGCCGGACUCGGGGAAUGACAUUUGUUGCCACGAGCAGGAUGGAGUGGCUGUUCCAGCGAUGCCAUAAAGAGGCCGUCUUCCUCUCUGUCUUUCGGUCGGUGCUGCUCAUAUCAUGUUUGCUCUUGGUCUUGUCCGUGUCCAUGUAUCCUGGGUUGUGGUCCAUCGGGGUCCAGCUUCAUUCAGCUGUCACAGGGAGCUAUGUUCCAGGCCACCACUCUGUCCUCCUCAUCAACAGCCCCAAUGAACAGGCAGCCAAGGAUAUUGGCAGGGCGAUCAUGGAGAGGCGGCUGGCAGCCAGUGUUAACAUCCUCUCCAGGACCUCCACAAUGUACUUUUGGAAAGGCGAAAUCCAGGACGCAAGCGAAGUUCUUAUGCUGGUGAAAACAAAGACCUCCAGGAUCCAGCAAGUCAUAGAUUAUGUGAGGUCUGUCCACCCCUAUGCAAACCCCGAAGUCCUCAGCUUUGCGGUGGAGGACGGCAGCGUGGCUUACAUGAAGUGGAUGGAUGAAGCUAUUCCAGACGACUGAUACAUCAUUAAAAUUAAAGUCAGCCUUUGCAUGGACUGCAGCCGAACAAGGAAACUGAGCCAUGCAGACAGGCUGUUGUUUGAAGGCUUGGAUUGAAAGGUUCAGAGAGCACUCUGUUGAACAAAAGGUUCAGUACAUGACAUUUAAAUCAUUUUGUUGCUCUGAACUUUGCAAUGUAAAUUCCAAUAUGUAUUGUGGAUAUUUGAUUUCAAUCCUUCAGGGAGCUUUGGACCACAGUCGUAGAAAAUACUUGCCUCCGAUUGACUGGCAGGUGUCAGUUAGCAGUGCGUAACAGGACACCUCAGACUCAGGUGACCGGUAAGUUUUAAGUCAAUACACAAAGAAAAGUAUAUUAAGCUGUAGGUGACCAUGAUGUUCCCAGUUAAUUCUGACUGGUGAAAUUGAUCUACAGUAAUAUGGCUUAAACUGACCUCAAACAAACCUUUAAAUGGGUGACAGUUUGAACAGCCUGUUCAAACCAGAGUGUGAGUGAGAUAAUACACUCCAAGGUGUCCAUACUAGGGAAAAUAAUGGACUUAGCAAAGGAAUCAUAACUCUAUUUGCCUAAAUCGCAUGAUGAAUUAUUUCUUCAUCACAUUUUACACUCUCCUCUAAUAGCUUUAAUCUUUAAGUAUUUGCAUUUGAUGGUACAUGCUCUCUAGUUCUGCUUUUUUCAUAUGUUUUCAUUGAAGAUGACAUCACUCUUGA